AUGGCAACUCCGGCAGUUCGGGAAUCCAGCUUGUCUGGUCUUUCAGUUACAAGUUCCAGGGAUUUACAGGAAGACUACAAUCAUGUGUAUAUGGAGCAUGCUGUGAGUAUGGCUAAAGCUAGAUAUUCGAUAAGUCGAGCACAGCAUGUAGAAUCGUGCACUACUCAGCAAGAGCGUGCAGGCUCACAAGAUGGGCUUAUACAAUCUUUGCAACAUCAUCUUGAUAAUGAUGUUAUUCUGGCGGCUAAAAAAUCAAAUAUUUUAUUACAUGACGUGAAGAUGGCAAAUAUGACUACUCGGGAUGUUCCUGAAGAGCAGUGCUUUGAUGCAACGGAAAUCAAUUCCGUUGUUUCUAGUAAAAUAGGCACUUUUAAAAAUUGUGGCUCUAUUGUCAAGGACAAGUUUAUAGACGUUGAUGGUGUUAGUGUUGUUCCUGACUGUGGGCAUAAAGAUACUACUUCAAAUGGGGGGCAAUUAGACAAAGUAAGGCAGUUUGCACAGGCAAUUCAAAGCGGAGGACGAUCAUGCCCGAAUAGCAACCAUAGAACCCUGGAACAAGCUACACACAUGAAGACAAAGCUUCCAACACGAAUAACAAAGGGUAAGUACUCACUUUCAGAUUUCGAAAUUAUAAGAACCUUAGGUACAGGUUCCUUUGGUCGUGUACACUUGGUUAAAUCUGUUCAUAAUUCUCGUUUUUAUGCAAUGAAGGUUUUUCGCAAGAGCCGUGUUGUUCAAGCAAAGCAGAUAGAGCAUACAAACGAUGAAAGAAGAAUAUUGGCAAUCACUCAUCAUCCGUUUAUUACCAGGAUGUGGGGAACAUUUCAAGAUUGUAAGUCUAUAUUUAUGGUGAUGGACUACAUUGAAGGUGGUGAACUAUUUACUCUUUUAAGGCGUUCUAGAACAUUCCCUAAUCAAGUAGCCAAGUUUUACAGUGCUGAGGUGUUGCUAGCUUUAGAAUAUUUGCACUCCAAGAACAUUAUUUAUCGUGACCUUAAACCAGAAAAUAUUCUUUUAACAAGAUCAGGUCAUAUAAAACUCGCAGACUUUGGUUUUGCCAAAGAAGUUGAGACGAAUACAUACACACUUUGUGGUACACCGGAUUAUAUUGCACCGGAGGUGAUCGCCUUUCAGCUGUAUAAUAAAGCGGUGGAUUGGUGGUCUUUCGGUGUUUUAAUAUAUGAAAUGCUCGCUGGAAGAACCCCGUUUUAUGAUCCUUCGCCAAUAAAGACGUAUGAAAAGAUUAGCCAGUGUCAUGUGCAUUAUCCGUCAACAUUUAGCUCUGACGCCGUUUCUCUAUUGAAAGGUCUUAUUCGAAAAGAUGUGACAUUUCGAUUAGGAAAUCUAAAAAAUGGUGUUGACGAUAUCAAGAAACAUUCAUGGUACAAAGAAGUUGUUUGGAAAAGUCUUCUCCAGGGGAGUAUAGAAACACCAUACGAGCCAGAUAUCCAAUCCGGAGUGGGAGAUAGUUCUCAGUUUAAUACAUAUCCGGAACUAAGUUAUGAUUAUGGUACAACUAGUGAAAAAGAUGAGUACGGAUAUUUAUUUCCGGAUUUCUAA